UGUUUACCUUUGAAUUAAAUGUAUGAAGCUAGCAUGGCAAAAAACAAGUAACCCUCGGUGUUUGACAUGCAGUGAGGUGAUUGGAUUGAAAUUAUAAAUCAACAUAAUUGUUUGAUUGUUUUUUAUUUGAUUUCAAAGAUUUUCUGUUUGAACUCUACAUUAAAACAGCCUUUGACUCUUUUACCAAGUUAUUGUAUGUAACAGUUUUACAGGCUUUUCAAAAGCCUACGCACCAACUCUUUUCACAUGCAGCAUUUCAGGGUGAAGCUGCUGACGUCAAGACAAGUUAUUAUAUUUUCCUGUUAAAAGUUGUGAUCUGAAUUAGAUAGCUGCUUUGAAGGCAAAUCAUUCAACCUUGAUUAUUAUGGUGUAAUUCAAUGACUUUACAAUUUAACAAUGUGGAAAUAACCUUAUAAAUCCUAACCCUUACGUUUCCUUAUUGCUGUGAAGAGGAGUCUACUCUCACCUCCUUCCUUUAAAAGCUAUUUCAGAGCUUUUAUCAAGUUAGCUGUAGUUGGAACAUCUUAAGGUGUACACACCAAGUAAUCUGAAUUUAUUCAUGGCACAUAAUCUGGCAACCCUCAAUAAAAUACUUGAUUUUUACCACCAAAAGCAUAAUCAAGUUUCACACACUGUUAACAGUCAGCCUCUGUGUGCUUCUGCUUUUGGUUGAAAAAUAGGGAUGACCGGGAAUGACGAAUGACUGUGGUUUGAGGGACCAGAAAGGUUCCUGUUUUAGCUGUAUUUAAGGAUACAUGCAUGAGAAUAGAUGUCAGGCUCUACACAGAAGCUGUUGCUCUCCAGUGCUGCCCCCCCUCCCACUAUCUUCUUUAAUAUCCAGGAUGUUACUACCAUGGACUGCAAUAAAACAGAGCCUCGAGGAUAUCGGUCAUCUGGCGUUGGAUGUUUUCAUAACUGGUAAAGGGGAUGGCUUUCGAAUAACUCUCAUCCUCCUCCUCACCUGUAGCUUCUUCAGCCUCCUGCUCAGCUCCCUGCUACUCCUGUACCUCCUCUCCACCCUGAACUAUGAGCUAGCUGUGGCUGGAGGGAUUGCUGUCUGCUUUGGGACACUAAUGACAGUUGCCCUCUUCCUAUCAAAGAGAGUAAGGUGCUUAGGGACUUUAUUUGUGAUCUCUGUUUUCAUGAAGAAGAGUCGGAACCUGCUCCUGACUGCUGGGACCAGUUUAGUGGUUCUUAGAAAUAUCCGCAACACCUUGGAGAACCUCACAGGCCUGGUCAGGAGCAUGAUUUGCAACCUGAAGGCCAAGAAAGCAGCCAUCAUUGCUCCAUUCGGUAACUAUGUGAAGAUGCUGAAGUGGCUUGGAAAUAUGCUCAAGGGGGUUACAGACUUGGGGGUUUUGAACCUUGACUCCCAACUCAAGGUUUCACACAGACUGGAAUCAGAACAGUUCAGGGAGAAACUCACAGAAGCAGAGCAGAAGCUGAAUGAAACUGUAAAGUAUGUACAGUCCCUUAUGAAUACAGUCUCCUCUUUGACCGAGCGUCUGUUUCCUGCCAUCAGCUUCCUCGUGCUCAUGAUGUUUAUAGCGCUGUACAUAAAAAAAUUCUGCAAUGACAUGAAGUAUGAAAACAGGUUCAUCAGCAGCAAAUUUGUUAGUUUUGAUGAGAAGCAGAAGGCAGAAGGAAAGCCCCAUGUCCUCCCCCUCACACCAGAGGAAGAGAAGCUGUACACCGCUGUCCCCUCUGCCCGCCCCACCACCAGAGACGGGAGAGCUAUCCUGAAAUUUUGUGUUCCAGUUGUCUCCCACUUUGUAUCUUGGGUCAUAUUUGUAACUGUGGACGCCUUAUUGUACUGUUUUGUUGAUAUUAUAACAACAAAAUUAUCUGAGCUGGAGCCAUUCCACGUCCCAUUGUUAAUGAGCAUCAAAGGGAAUGCAACUUUAAUAGGUAUACCAUUUGUUGAAGAAAACCAUCAAAAAGACUUUUCGUACUCUGUGACCCUGUUUGAGAAGAAGUGUCUUCCUAAACCCAAGCUGCUGCUCUAUAACUCCGUAGUUCCUUUGGCUGCCAUCCUGCUCACUCUGCUUAUUAUGGCUCUUGUGGCUGCCAAAGUGGCCCAGCUCAGGCUGAUGGUCUGUGAGCGAUUCUUCUCCACUGCCACGGAGGAGAGAGUGGAAUACUUGCAUUCCAAAAUCCUGAGGAAGAGAUCGAAAAGGGGGAGGAAGACAAACAUCUGCAGCCUCACAUCACUCUAUUUUAAGCCACAUUUCUGGUGCCCUCUGCUCUUCAGGCCCAGGGAGAAUCGACAAAGUAUCGUGUGAGGAAGUUUCUGCUGCAUGAUUUUUUUUAUUCUGUGAAUAAGGAAGCGUACGAUAACAUAAGAAAAUUCUACCGUCGUGGUGAGGACAAUAUUUUUUGAUGCUGUCGAUUUUUGAAACUGUCGAUGUUAAUAUUUUGUUAGAUAAGUAGGUAGAGUCUGGUAAAGUUAAAGUCUGGUAAAGUGGUUUCCAAUCAAGACCGCAGAUGGUUGAUAGAAGUGUCCCACAAGGAUCAAUAAUGGCCUGCUGCUAUUUUCUAAUAAUAUUUAUUUUCCAUUUUUAUGCAGACAAUACAGUCGUAUUUGCCAUUAGCUCUACCACAGACCUGAUGUUACCCAGAUUACAGUCUGCUUUUAAUGACCUCCAUAUAUAGAUACUUUUCUAUAUUAUAUUGCACGGGAUAAUAUAUAUAUAUGUAUUAUUAUUUAACAAUAAACAUGCUGCUCAAAAACUCUGCCUCAUUAUUCAUCUUUACCUGUGCUGCAUCAGUGUUAUUCAGCAUGCUACAGUACUUCAUUUAUAUCAUUACAUGAUAUAUGACAUUGCCAGUUGACAUGAAAGUUUCAUAUCGAUAGUAGCCAACUAAUUACAGACCAUAUAUCAUGUGGUUAUGAUUCAGUUCAGGUUAGCUUCAAUGAGCACUCAGCAACUAGACAUUACAUUGCAUGUGUCAGGGACAUUAAAUACAAAUUACAUAGUAUUUGAUGAAGAAUUUACCCCAAACUGUGAGCAUAAUACACGACAUAACAGGCUAUACUAUUAUAACUAUAAUUUAACUUUACAAUUAUGCAAUCAUAAGGGUAGAAGUCGAUCCUAUUAUUUAUAAGCACCUUAUGGUAUUUGUCUUAAAUAAUAGAGCGCCAAACAAAUUCUGUAUUUUACAUCCAUGUGUAAUGUUCGCCUGUGGAGUGUAGCACAGCGACAUUUGCUUACAUAAUCUAAGACUGAAUAGACUGAAUAGCACUGUCCACUUACACCCUGUCACUGUGCAUUAACGUCUCGCAGGUGUUAGAAAGUGGAACUACACUUGCUCUUAUUUCAAUUCCUUCACAUCAGUUUCCCAUCAACUUCCUUUCAAAGUAUAACAUUGCUGUUGUUCAUUCAAUGUAUAUGGUUUAAUCCCACUAGUCUAAAAUUAUUUUAAAGUUUAUCCUUGUAGUCUAUGAUAUGAUCAAAGUGUUAUUUCCUAUUUGAAUUAACUUAAAGAGCAAUCAAAGAGUUGGUUAAGAAAAAACUGUGGCUCAUCAAAUUGUUCUGGAUGACCAGACCAGAUUGUUUGUGUAAUUUGUAUUUAAAAAUGCAAUUGUGCACUCUCAUACGUGGUAUAAUUAAAAAUGGCAAUGACCUAUUCCAAUUUAAAUGAAUGCUAAAAUGGACAUUCAGUUACACAAGCGGAAUAAUGGCGAUUCAAUAUUUAACUUGAAUCAUUACCUCCAUUUUUUAAAGUUCAAUUAAUAUUCAAAAUGCUUCAGUACAUUCUUCCUUGUUAUUUACUGCUAUGAACUCCAAUUACAAUCCAACAGGGCACAUCUCACCAUUUUCAGAGACACUCCUGACUGUACGUUCCCACAUCAUCCCUUCCACUGUCAGAGACAAGAGGAAGGAAGUGGUACAGCUCAAGGAUGAGCAGGCCUUCUGUGACUCACACGCUGCCGCUGACCCGUGUGGCAACCUGAUAAGCUCACAUUAUGUCUCAACUGGCCCUGUGGCAUAAUACCACGCCAGCAUGCCAGCCCAAUAGGAAGCUGCCACAUGAUGCUCGGUGACAGCCACAGACCUUUUUACCAAGGGAAGGAAUGAACACAGUCCAUACAUGGGCAUAGAUGGAGUGCAUAUAUGAUAAUCUGCAAUCCUGCUGAAUAUGCAAAUACAGAGUCAAUCUGGGUCAGCAAAGAAAAUCUUAAUAUUUUCACACAUGUCAGUUGAGAGUAUUUCAUCGAGGGACGGAGACUUUUGGGUGAAAAACAUCAGUUUAAUUACCAAUGGCAACAAAAGUUUUGGAAAAAAAGGGUUGAAAAUUAAAAUAAAAUGCCCAGUAAAAGCCCUAUUUUUAUUCUUUACACUGAAUUACUAGAUUGUGUAAUGUAUGUCAGAGCACA